AUGUACCUUUUUUUUUUCAUAAAAAUAUUUUAUAUUAUUAUUAUAUUUUAUAAUAUUGAAAAAGUCAACAAUUAUAAAUCUUCUUGUAUAUUACUCAUAAAAAAUAACAAACUUAUAAGAAUACCAUCUUUUGGUCAUCCUAAAAAUUAUUCAGCAAACAUAAAUAAUAAUGUUCAUAAAUUAUUAUGUACAGAAAAUAAGAAACAAGGAAAAAAUAGAAAAACAAAAAAAAAAAAUAUAUAUAUAUAUAAAAUAAAUAAAAAAUGCGGAGAUCUAAAAUGUGAACUUAUUAACAAAACUUGCUUAACCUUUGUACCAACAAGCAAAAAAAUAAUCAACAACAUGUUAUUUAAUAAACAUAAUAAUGAUAACAACAAAAAUAAAACAGGUCAUUUAAAAGAUUACAAAAUAUAUAAUGUCAUGGAAAAAAAACAUUUUUAUAAUCAACAUGAUUCAUAUGAUGAAUUAAAUUCUUCAGAAAUAUAUCUAAUAAGAAAACAAAUUCUUAAUAGUCAUAAAAAUAAAUUAAAACAUAUUUUCGAAAAACACAUAACUAAUAAAAUAUGUAAUCAUAAUAUUAAUAAAUAUAAUAGCUUUACAUAUAUAUAUUCCAUGAAUAAAAUACAUAAACAACUUGAUAGACUCUACAAUAUAUAUGAAAAAUGGAAUGUAAUAAACAAACAAAAUAAAUCAACACAAGGAAAUAGGAUUAAAAAACUACCAAAAUUAUUUGGAAUACCCAUUGUUAUUAAAGACAAUAUUAUUACAAAAGGAAUACCUACAAAAGCAGGUAGCCAAAUACUCUUGAAAUAUAUACCAACCUAUGAUAGUACUGUUGUAAAGAAAUUAAAAAAAUGCGGUGCCGUGAUUAUUGGGAAAACACAUAUGGAUGAAUUUGCUAUGGGUUCAUGUACAAAUAAAUCAAAGAAUCCAUUCAAUGAAACCAUUUUAUCAUGUGGUGGUUCUUCGGGUGGAUCAGCUAGCUGCGUUGGUUCCAGAAUUUUUAAUUGUUCCAUAAAUACAGAUACAGGAGGUUCCAUCAGAACUCCUGCUGCUUUAUGUGGUUGUAUAGGAUUCAAACCUAGUUAUGGUAGGAUAAGUAGAUAUGGAAUUAUACCAUAUAAUGAAGAAACGGAUGUCGUCGGAUUUAUUGUUAAUAAUGUGUUUGAUUGUAGUAUAUUAUUAGAUGCUUUGUGUGGUAAGGAUGACCGGGAUAUUACUACCAUAAAUAUUGAGGAAAUGGUCGAAAAUAAAAUGGAAUAUGGAAAGGAAGAUCAAAAUGAAGAUGAUGAUAAUAUAAGAAACAAUAUCAAAUGUGAUGAGCAUAAAAUAAAAAACAAUAUCAAAUGUGAUGAGCAUAAGAAAGACGAUGAUAAUAUAAGAAACAAUAUCAUAUGUGAUGAUCAUAAAAAAGAUGAUGAUAAUAUAAGAAACAAUAUCAUAUGUGAUGAUCAUAAAAAAGAUGAUGAUAACAUCAGAAACAAUGUCAAAUGUAAUGAUCAUAAAAAAGAUGAUGAUAACAUCAGAAACAAUGUCAAAUGUAGUGAUCAUAAAUGUGGUAAGAGAAAAAUCAAAUUCUUCUCUUUAUUAAAAAAAUAUUAUUACUCAAAUACUUUUCAAAGUAGUACACCAUUAAAUAAUAUAACAUUUGGUUAUAUUAAUGAAAAUAAUUUAAAAGAAUAUUUUGUAGACGAUAUUAUUAAUAAAAAUUAUAUAUAUGUAAUAGAAGGUAUGAAAAAACUAGGUUCAUCUUUUAAACAAAUAGAGUUACCAAAUUUAAUAGAUUAUUGUUAUUUAUAUUAUUUAUAUUCGAUGACUAUAGCAAAUAGUAAUUUAUCAAGAAUUAAUGGAAUAAAUUAUAAUAUGCAUAAUAUAAAUAAAGAAUCAAAUUUUAUAAAAAAUGUAAGAUCUAAUUUAAUAGAUGAUCAUGUAUUAUCCAGAAUUAUAUCUGGGUCAAUUAUUUCUUCUUAUUUUCAAAACAAAAAAAAUGACAUAACAUAUAUCUUUUAUAUAAUGAAAGAACACUUAAUAUAUACAUUGAAGGAAAUUUUUAAAAAAGGUGUAAAUUAUAUUUUAUUACCAUCAUUACCAAGAUCGAAUAAUUUAAAAGAUAAUGAUCAUAAUAAUACAAAUUAUUCUAAUGAACAUUUAUUAAAAAAGAAUAUAACUUAUGAACAUAAAAUUUCAACAAAUGAUUUAGAUAAUUAUAGAGAUAAUAUAAUAAUAAAUAAUACAACUCAUGGAUAUAAUAAAUAUAUGAAAGAAAUAUUUUCGGUCAUAUCAUCUAUUAGUGGGUUCCCAAGUAUGGUUAUACCGGUAGGUACAUUUACAAAAGAAUUUAAUGAACCCUUAUCAUUUCAAAUAAUCGGUGAUAAUUUAAACGAAUUAGGUUUAUUAAAAGUUGCCUUGGCGUAUAAGCAACAUAUGCAAGUUAAUAAAAAAUUACAUGAAAAUUUAAAAAUGCAUCAAAAAGGAAGGUAA